GGGAGAGAGACAGAGACAAAGAGAGAGACAGAGACAGAGAGGGUGAGGGAGACAGAGAGAGAGACAGAGAGAGAGACAGAGAGAGUAAAUGGAGAGUUUCUAUGACCAGCUGAUGUUUGUCAAUGACAGUGAGAUCUCUUACAACGACACCGAGUGCCCUCUGUCGGAGUGGGAGCCCUCCUACGUACUGAUCCCGUGCAUCUACCUGCUGGUCUUUGUGCUGGGGCUGGCGGGCAACGGGACCGUCAUCUGGGCCUCCUGGCAGCCGAGGGCCCAGAGGAAGUCGGCGGACGCCUUCAUCGCGCACCUGGCGCUGGCCGACCUGACCUUCGUGCUGACGCUGCCGCUGUGGGCCGCCUACGCCGCCCGGGGCUACCGCUGGCCCUUCGGGCCGGUGCUGUGCAAGCUCAGCAGCUACCUGGUCCUGCUCAACAUGUACAGCAGCGUCUUCUGCCUGACCUGCCUGAGCGUGGACCGCUACCAGGCCAUCGUGGGCUCGGCGGCGGGAGCUGGGGGGGGCCGGAGCCCCAGGAGGGGGCCUAGGAAGCGGGGCCUCUGGCUGGCAGCCUCCUGGGCCUCGGCGGGCGUCCUGGCCCUGCCGGCUCUCGUCUUCCGCGGGGCGGUGGAGCUGCCGUGGGGGGGGGAGGAGGAGGAGGUGGAGGAGGUGGGGGGAGGGGGGGGCCCGCAGACCGUGUGCGACAUGGACCUGUCCCCGCUGGGCCAGGACGAGGAGGUCCAGGCCGCCUGGCUGGCCGCCUUCGGCCUCUCCUCCACCUCCUUCGGCUUCCUGCUGCCCUUCGCCGUCAUGGCCUCCUGCUACGGCCUGGUGGGCAGCGCCCUCUCCAGCCACUUCCAGGGCGGCGGGGCGCGCCGGCGGCGGCGGCGGCGGCGGCUGCUCUCGGUCAUCCUCAGCCUGGUCCUGGCCUUCGGCCUCUGCUGGCUGCCCUUCCACCUGCUCAAGACCCUGGUCACCCUGGACGGCCUGGCCCUGCUGGAGCUGCCCUGCGGGCUGCGGGCGCUGGCCGCCGUCGCCCACCCCUACACCACCUGCCUGGCCUACGUCAACAGCUGCCUCAACCCGCUGCUCUACGCCUGGCUGGACCCGGACUUCCGCGCCCGCUGCCGCCGGAGCCUGAGGCGCCUGCGGCCGGCGGCGGCGGCGGCGGCAGCGGCGGGCUGGCGGGGGGAGAGGAGGAACAGCAGCAGCAACAGCAGCAGCAGCAGGAGGAGGAGUGCGGGCGCCCCCUCGCCUGAGCCGUCCGCCACCCGCAGCAGCAGCAGCAGCAGCAGCAACACCCUGAGUGCGAGGCGCAGCCUAUCACAGCCCGAGGAGGGUCGAGGAAAGAUUGAACAGUCCAGGGCGCUGUUCUCUGGAAAAGAGAAGGCUGAGGGGGUGACCUGAUCGAGGGUCUUUAAGACUCUGAAAGGGUUUCGAUGGGGUCGAUGUAGAGACGAUGUUUCCAGAGGAAUUCUCCGCAUCCACAUCCUGAAGAAAUGAAGAAAGCAGCUGACAAGGACAGGGGGGUCCGGAGCAGGAACGAGGAGGGUCUAACCAGCGGAAUGUCCACAUCCACAGAAUCCUGACCGGCUCAGGGGAACUUUCGAUUGCAGGCUGGACAAAGGGAGGCCGAGGCCGGAGGCGCCAGACCUCACUGACCCUGAAAGCUCAGGACAAUCGUUGCCUUCAUUUAGAGAUUAAACAACCCGCUCCAGAGGAAGGAGGAAAAAAUCAAA